GUAACGCGGGUGCCGACGUAGCCGCGCCGAGCCCGGAAGAGGCGCGAGCCGGGCGGGGAGUCUGACGGCGCCGCUGCCGCGUCUCGGUCCCCAUGGCGCUUUGGCGCGGCUCUGCGUACGCGGGCUUCCUGGCGCUGGCCGUGGGCUGCGUCUUCCUGCUGGAGCCGGAGCUGCCGGGCUCGGCGCUACGCUCACUCUGGAGCUCGCUGAAGCUGGGGCCCGCGCCCCAGGGACCCGUCUCCCCCGAGGGCCGCUUGGCGGCCGCCUGGGACGCGCUUAUCGUGCAGCCGGUCCAGCGCUGGCGCCGCGUGGCAGUGGGAGUCAAUGCAUGUGUCGAUGUGGUGCUUUCAGGGGUGAAGCUCUUGCAGGCACUUGGCCUGAGUCCUGGGAAUGGGAAAGAUCACACCGUUCUGCAUUCAAGGAAUGAUCUGGAAGAAGCCUUCAUUCACUUCAUGGGGAAGGGAGCAGCUGCUGAGCGCUUCUUCAGUGAUAAGGAAACUUUUCAUGACAUUGCCCAGGUUGCAUCAGAAUUCCCAGGAGCCCAGCACUAUGUAGGAGGAAAUGCAGCUUUAAUUGGACAGAAAUUUGCAGCCAACUCAGAUUUAAAGGUUCUUCUUUGUGGUCCAGUGGGUCCAAAGCUGCACGAACUGCUUGAUGACGAUGUAUUUGUCCCACCAGAGUCACUGCAGGAAGUGGAUGAGUUCCACCUCAUUCUAGAGUAUCAAGCAGGGGAGGAAUGGGGCCAGUUAAAAGCUCCCCAUGCCAACCGAUUCAUCUUCUCUCACGACCUCUCCAACGGGGCCAUGAAUAUGCUGGAGGUGUUUGUGUCUAGCCUGGAGGAGUUUCAGCCAGACCUGGUGGUCCUCUCUGGAUUGCACAUGAUGGAGGGACAAAGCAAGGAGCUCCAAAGGAAGAGACUCUUAGAGGUUGUAACCGCCAUUUCUGACAUCCCCACUGGUGUUCCAGUUCACCUAGAGCUGGCCAGUAUGACCAAUAAGGAGCUCAUGAGCAGCAUUGUGCAUCAGCAGGUCUUUCCUGCAGUGACCUCCCUUGGGCUGAAUGAACAGGAGCUGUUAUUUCUUACCCAGUCGGCAUCUGGACCUCACUCUUCUGUCUCUUCCUGGAAUGGCAUUCCUGAUGUGGGCAUGGUCAGUGACAUCCUCUUCUGGAUCUUGAAAGAACACGGAAGGAGUAAAGGCAGAGCCUCGGACCUCACCAGGAUCCAUUUCCACACACUGGUCUACCACAUACUGGUAACUGUGGAUGGACACUGGGCCAACCAGCUGGCAGCCGUGGCUGCGGGAGCUCGUGUGGCUGGGACUCAGGCCUGCGCGACAGAAGCCAUAGACGCCAGCCGGGUGUCUCUGAGGGCACCCCAGGAGUUCAUGACUUCCCAUUCGGAGGCAGGCACCAGGAUCAUGGUAAACCCCAAUGAGCCAGUAGUGGAAUGGCACAGGGAGGGGAUAUCCUUCCACUUCACGCCAGUGUUGGUGUGUAAAGACCCAAUUCGAACUGUGGGCCUUGGAGAUGCCAUUUCAGCCGAAGGACUCUUCUAUUCUGAAAUGCACCCUGACUCUUAGGAAGGUUGUGGUGGAUAAUUUUUCUAAGGAAGCAGAAGUAGCCAACUUAAGAAUUACAGAAAGAAAGUGGUUUGGAAAAUAGGACUGAGGGUGUCAGAACUGUUUCUAGAUCUAGUUGGAAGACAGCCAAAGAAACAAAAGCAGAUUAAACUGUAUCAGAUACAUUCCAGCCUGUUGGCGAUUACAUAAAAACAUUUCAGGUUUUAAUCAAAAUUUAGCUAAUGAAACUGGAUUUUUGUUUUUUAUGUCAUGUGUUGUCACAGUGCUAGAAACUCGAUUCUCAGAUCUCCAGUUUAUGCAGCAUCAAGUAUUUUAAGCCAGACUUCGUCCCCUUUGAGAGCGUGUCCGCCGGAGAGAGCACUGUUCCCCUUGUUCGCAUCAGAAGUGCACACUUGCUCAGCCACGGUCCUGGCCUCUGGUGAAGCCUGCUGUGAGGGGCCCGUGUCUCUCAGCUCUCUGCUUGCUCAUGGGCAGAACCGUGAUUCUCAUUCAGUGUUACGAUGACAAGAUUUAAUGAGCGUACCUUCUCAGUCUCCUCUCAGACUUAGGACAGAGCCACAAGUAAGGACAAAAUGAUCCCUCCUGUGCUUUAUGAUCACAGAAGGGGCUGGGGAGCCUUGAGUAGCCUUUGAGGGAGUCAUUCAUUCUGCAGUUGUUUGGAAGCCUGGGUGGCUUUGUGAGCUGAAGGACUGUGCCUUCCUGUCCUGGCUGUUUACACUGUGGGCUGGCUGGUAAAAAGCUACUGUGGCCUGAGACAACCUCAUGGCCUAGCUCUGGGUGUGCUUUCUGCAACAGAAGACAGACUUUGUUUAUUCUGAGCCUUCAAGGAGUUUGCUUUUACGACUGGAAUAUGCUUCUGUGUAUAUAACAUCAUAUAUGUUUUAUGUUUUCAUUUGAUACAUCCAUUAAAGAGUUUGACCUCAUAAGAGCCCCAGGAUCAUGAAUAAAUUUGUCAUGUUAUAUAUUUAUUUUUUUAUAAAUCAAGACUUCUGUGUUGCUUUUAAAUAUAUUAAAAACAAUUUACAUUUCAGGAA